AUGGUCGUCCUCCCGGGCGACAUCGUCCCACAGGACGGACUCCCGACCCCCACCGGCAAGAAGAAGCAUCUCACACUGGGCCCCGGCCUCCGACACAUCCCACCCUCGACCGUCUCGAGCACAAUUGCAGGCGGCCUCGUCACCGACCCGAAGAAAGUCGCCGCGUGGAUAGAGUCGAACAGCGGACGCUACCUCCCCACAACCGGCGACCUCGUCAUCGCAACCGUCCAAACCUCCACCGCCGAAGCCUUCAACUGCACCCUCACCCCGCACACCCCUUACGCCACCCUCCCCCACCUCGCCUUCGAAGGCGCCACAAAAAAGACUCGCCCCCAGCUCGCCCCCAACUCGCUCGUCUACGCGCGCGUCGCCAGCGCAACGAAAGACUUCGCGCCAGAGCUGACCUGCGUCGAUCCCUCCACCGGCAAGAGCGAGGGCCUCGGUCCCCUGAAGAGCGGCAUGGUGUUCCAGAUCAGCCUGGGCAUGGCGCGGCGGUUGCUUGCAGGGAAGAAGGGUGGGGUAAUCCUGCUGGAGGCGUUGGGGGAGAAAGUGGGCUUUGAGAUUGCGGUGGGGAGGAACGGGGUUGUUGUUGUGGAUGCGGGGAAUGUCAAGAGCACGCUUGCGAUUGGGAAGGCGGUGCAGGAGGUGGAUGAGCAAGCGUUGGGCGAGAAGGCGCAGAAGAAGCUCGCGGAGAAAGUGUUGAAGAGCGUAUGA